AUAAAGACUUUUAUUAAAAGCACAAUGGCCCAUUGUGGGGAGAAUUGGUCGUAUUUCCCCCCCACCCCCAAAGGCUUUGCUUGUGGUCGGAGCAGAGAUUACGCGCGGCAUCGAGGUGGAGAGGGUGAGAGUCUCAUGCACAGAACCAGCAGAGGACGCCCUCCACACUUCACAGCCACUGUGUGGAUGGGUGGCUCGCUGACGUCACGGGCAGGGUUUACUCCACUCGGUGUUGUUGCAAAGUACUUGCUCUGGAGGGGAAAAUGUAUCGGCCAGGCUGAGGGGAGCUGCGGGCUGAAGUCGCAAAGAAAGCACCCAAACAAACUAACAAGCUGAAGAACACCUGCAAGACCAUGAGCGCAGUGGCGUGGACGCUGUUGCUGCUCUUGCAUCAAACUUGCGACGGUGCAGCCGCGGAAUUCUCCUCGGGAGGCUGUACUUUUGAUGAUGGCUUGGAACCGUGUGAAUAUUUGCAAGAUCAGGAAGAUGAUUUUGAUUGGAGGCAUGUCAGGACUGAAGAUACAAUGCAUUUGCAGCCCAAUGUGCCACAGGGAUCCUUCUUGAUGGUUGAUUCUUCCCAGCAUGUGUCAGGAGAGAAAGCACGGCUCUUGCUUCCGCUAAUGAAAGAAAAUGACACUCAUUGCAUCGAUUUCAGUUACUGGUUGUACAGUAAAGAUUAUUUGAAUCCAGGAACACUAAACAUUUUUGUCCGAGUGAACAAAGGAGCCCUUGCAAAUCCUAUUUGGAAUGUGACAGGAUCUCAGGGAAGAGAAUGGCAUCGGGCUGAGUUGGCAGUUAGCACAUUUUGGCCCAAUGAGUAUCAGGUAAUCUUUGAAGCAGAUGUCUCUCGUGAACAAAAAGGAUACAUUGCCAUUGAUGAUAUCCAGGUGUUGAGCUACCCGUGUGACAAAUCUCCUCAUUUUUUGCGACUUGGAGAUGUGGAAGUAAAUGCAGGACAAAAUGCUACAUUUCAGUGCAUCGCUACAGGCAGGGAUACAGUGAAUAACAAGCUGUGGCUGCAGAGGCGCAAUGGGGAAGACAUCCCAGUUGCUCUGACGAAGAAUAUAAAUCACAGGAGGUUUGCUGCAUCCUUUAAAUUGAAAGAAGUGAAAAAGAAUGACCAAGAUUUGUACCGUUGUGUGACCCAGUCUGAAAGAGGCUCUGGUGUAUCAAAUUUUGCUGAGCUCAUUGUUCGAGAGCCACCCAUGCCAAUUGCACCACCCCAGCUACUUGGUGUUGGUCCGACAUAUCUGCUAAUCCAGCUUAAUGCAAAUUCAAUUAUUGGCGAUGGUCCCAUCAUUCUGAAGGAAGUGGAAUAUUGUAUGACCAGUGGAUCUUGGACAGAAAUCCAUGCUGUAAAUGCAGCAACUUACAAGCUCUGGCAUCUGGACCCAGAUACGGAAUAUGAAAUCAGGGUUUUGCUGACACGGCCAGGUGAAGGAGGAACAGGAUUACCAGGUCCCCCACUCAUCACUAGAACCAAAUGUGCAGAACCCAUGAGGUCACCAAAAAGCCUAAAAAUUUCAGAGAUAUAUGCUAGACAUCUUGCUGUUGAACUGGAUUCUCUGGGCUACAAUGUAACACGAUGCCACACAUUCAACAUCACUGUGUGUUACCACUACUUCAUUGGUCACAAUGAAAGCAAAGCUCACUGCAUGGAAAUGGAUCAGAAAGCACCCCAUCACAUCAUUCGGAAUUUGCCACCAUACACAAACAUCAACAUCAAAAUGAUUCUGACAAAUCCAGAAGGAAGGAAGGAGAGUGAAGAGGUUAUCAUUCAGACGGAUGAAGAUGUACCUGGUCCCAUACCUAGUGAUUCAUUGAAAGGAACACCAUUUGAAGACAAAAUCUUCCUGCACUGGAGUGAACCAGUUGAAGCAAAUGGUAUCAUCACACAAUAUGAGGUAACUUACAGCAGCAUCAGAUCAUUUGACCCUGCUGUUCAAGUGGCUGGCUCUGUUCAAACAGUGUCUAAAUUAUGGAACAGCACGCACCAUGUUUUCACACAUCUAGAUCCUGGGACCACCUACCAGUUCUUUAUUAAGGCUAGCACUGUGAAGGGGUUUGGUCCAGCUACAGUGGUAAACAUUACAACUAAUAUAUCUGCUCCUACUCUACCUGACUACGAAGAUGCGAUUCUCAACGAAACAGCAACCACAAUAACUGUCAUGCUGAGACCAGCACAGGCUAAAGGUGCUCCAAUCAGUGCCUACCAAGUUGUUGUCGAACAAGUGAAUUCCCACAGAUCUAAAAGGGAGGCAGGCGUGGCGGAGUGCUUCCAGAUUCCAGUUACCUAUCAAACUGCUGCAGCUCAUGGUUCACCAUACUAUUAUGCUGCAGAGCUUCCUCCUAGUGGAAUUUCUGAACAAACUCCUUUCACAGUGGGUGACAAUAAGACCUACAAUGGGUUUUGGAAUCCUCCUUUGGCCCCCAGAAAAGGAUAUCACAUACACUUCCAAGCUGUGAGCAGUGUUGAAAAGGAGACAAAGACACAGUGUGUGAGGAUUGCAACGAAAGCAGCCACAACUGAAGAACCUGAGGUGGUCCCUGAUCCCGUCAAGCAAAGUGAUCGGGUGGUGAAAAUAGCUGGAAUCAGUGCUGGAAUUCUGGUUUUCAUCCUGCUCCUCCUCGUUGUGGUAAUGAUCGUUAAGAGAAGGAGGAGCUACUAUUCUUAUUCUUAUUACCUUAAACUUGCAAAGAAGCGCAAGGAUGCAGUAGGAAAUGCUCGGCAAGAGAUGACUCAUAUGGUGAAUGCCAUGGAUAGGAGUUACGCUGACCAAAGCACGCUUCAUGCUGAUGAGCCUCUUUCUAUCACCUUCAUGGAUUCGCACAAUUUCAGUCCAAGAUAUGAAAACCACACUGUGUCAGCGGAGUCGAGCAGGUUAUUAGAUGUUCCUCGUUAUCAUGGUGAGCCGACAGAGUCUCCAUACCAGACCGGCCAGCUCCACCCUGCCAUUCGGGUUGCAGACUUAUUGCAGCAUAUCAACUUGAUGAAAACAUCAGAGGGCUAUGGCUUCAAGGAGGAAUACGAGAGCUUCUUUGAAGGGCAAUCCGCUUCUUGGGACAUUGCCAAGAAAGAUCAGAACAGAACGAAAAAUCGCUAUGGAAAUAUUAUAGCCUAUGACCAUUCCAGAGUCAUUUUACAGUCUCUCGAAGAUGAUUCAACAUCAGAUUACAUUAAUGCAAAUUAUAUUGAUGGGUACCACAGGCCAAGUCAUUAUAUAGCUACGCAAGGGCCAGUACAUGAAACUGUGUAUGAUUUCUGGAGAAUGGUCUGGCAAGAGCAAUCAGUUUGUAUCGUCAUGGUCACAAAUCUGGUGGAAGUUGGAAGAGUGAAAUGUUACAAAUAUUGGCCAGAUGAUAGUGAAGUUUAUGCAGAUUUCAAAGUUACAUUCGUGGAAGAGGAGCCACUUGCAGAAUAUGUUGUUCGAACAUUUACAUUAGAAAGGAGAGGAUUUGAUGAAAUUCGUGAAGUGAAACAGUUCCAUUUCACUGGCUGGCCUGAUCAUGGUGUUCCUUAUCAUGCAACUGGUCUACUGGCAUUUAUCCGUCGUGUGAAAAUCUCAAAUCCCCCCGGAGCAGGGCCAGUAGUUGUACAUUGCAGUGCUGGGGCAGGAAGGACUGGCUGUUAUAUUGUUAUAGAUAUCAUGUUAGACAUGGCGGAACGAGAAGGAGUUGUUGAUAUCUAUAACUGUGUUAAAGCAUUACGGUCAAGGCGCAUUAAUAUGGUUCAGACAGAGGAACAAUAUAUAUUCAUUCAUGAUGCUAUUCUGGAGGCUUGUCUGUGUGGGGACACAUCAAUACCAAUGUGUGAGAUCAAACCAACCUAUUAUGAAAUGAUUCGUGUUGAUUCACAGAGUAACUCUUCCCAACUUAAAGAUGAAUUUCAGACUCUAAAUUCUGUAUCUUCACAAUUACAACCUGAAGACUGCAGCAUUGCUCUUCUUCCCAGGAAUCAUGAGAAGAAUCGAUACAUGGACUCACUGCCACCAGACAGAUGCCUGCCAUUUUUAAUAACCAUAGAUGGUGAAAGCAGUAACUACAUCAAUGCUGCUCUUAUGGAUAGCUACAGACAACCAGCUGCCUUUAUAGUCACACAACAUCCUUUGCCAAACACAGUCAAAGAUUUCUGGAGACUGGUCUAUGAUUAUGGCUGCACUUCUGUAGUAAUGCUGAAUGAGUUGGACCUUGUUCAGGGAUGCCCCCAGUAUUGGCCAGAAGAGGGGACACUUCGAUAUGGGCCGAUCCAAGUUGACUGCAUUUCUUGUUCAAUGGAUUGUGAUUUAGUAAGCCGGCUCUUCAGGAUAUGCAAUCUUACAAGGCCUCAGGAAGGUUAUCUCAUGGUGCAGCAGUUCCAGUACUUGGGAUGGGCUGCUCAUAGGGAAGUACCUGCCUCGAAGCGAUCAUUUCUGAAGUUAAUUCUUCAGGUUGAUAAAUGGCAAGAAGAAUGUGAUGAAGGAGAAGGACGCACUAUUGUUCACUGUCUAAACGGAGGAGGGCGCAGUGGAAUGUUCUGUGCCCUUAACAUCAUUUGUGAAAUGAUCAAAAGGCAAAAUGUGGUGGAUGUUUUCCAUGGAGUAAAGACCCUUCGAAACAGCAAACCAAAUAUGGUGGAAACUCUGGAUCAAUAUCGAUUCUGUUACGAUGUUGCUUUGGAAUAUCUUGAAUCUUCUUAGUGAUUACAUUUACAUCAGUACAAAUUUGUGCAAAGUUUUGAUGGGAAAUUAUCACUAAGUCUGUGCAUGAAGAGUAAAUAUUUAAAUGAGGGAAUUGUUUUUUUAACUAGCUUAAGUAUUCUGUUAUACAAUGAGUCUUAACUAUGAUGACAAUGUAUUUGUAUGUGUCCAAACUAUUACCAGACAGCAUUUGGUGCCAUUCAUAACAAUAUGAUCUGACUAUAGAUUUCAUUGCUCAGUGAUAGGUUAAGAAAACUCAGUGUUAGUCAAGAACAGUUUUGGAUUUUUUAUCCAAAUGAAACAACAUGUAGUUCUGCAUGCACAAAUUUGUACGCUCUGAUGCUACAUCUUGUUUUCAACCAAGCUCAUUUAAAAGCAGAAGUGUGUACAGACUGCUAUAGUAGAUGAGCUAAUAUCUGGCUGGCUUAUUAAAGUUUAAUGUGUGAUCUGCAGGAUCACACCAGGUAAUUUGUAAUGCAACUUUUAUUAUAAGCCAAAGAUGAGUGUAAAUAUGUCUAUAUGAAGAAAGCACAUUGUAUUUAUUGUUUGCUUGUAAACCUAUUUGAAAGCUGAACAAUCAUUUCUUACAGAAUAAGUUUUUUUUUGAAAGAGCUUUUAAGUUCAGAUGUUUUUAAGUAGUUUACUUUUAUAUGUAGUGAUUGGUGUGGGUAACUAGUCAUAUUUUAAUUCAUGCUUGGAAUUGUUUACAUUGUGUGCUGGUUAAUUGCUAACCCAUUUGAUUAAAGAACAUUGAUAUAUUUGGGAGGCCUAUAAAUUGGGACCAAAUGCAGUUUUUUUCCUCCUGUGUGAGACAUUCUGAAGUUUUGUUUCUCCACAUGUGUUAGCAAACUAGUUUAAAUAAAGCUAAGUGUGACUUAUUGUCAGCUAUACAUUGUUUAAAAACCUUCACUGAUGAAUCAUGACUUAUAAUAGUUGAGGCAGUAUUAUAGAUAACUUACUAUGAGAAAUGAUUAUCAUAAGGAAACAAUGUGUUCUAAAUCUGUCUAAAGGUAAUCUAGUAGGGCAAUCAAUACAAGAAUAAUUCGGUUUAGUAUGAAAGAUGUAAUGAAUUAUUCAAUUGCAAUGUAUUUUCUGAGUUAUUCAAAUGCUGUAAAAAGAAAAUCAAGAUGACUUUGGGUAUUGCAGAAUAAAUGAUCAAAUAAAGGCA